AAGAAGAACCCUUCUUGUGAAUAAAUUGCGAUUUGUGAAGUUAAUGAUGUGAUUCGUGAAGAACUUUACUCUAACGAUUUAGCAUAAUAUAUGACCAUACGAGAGGUUAUUUUUUGUUCAUUUUAUCCAUACUAUUUAUUACUUACAUAUCCUCUGAGUUUAACCAUAUUGGUGAAAUUGCGUACCCUCGUAACUUAUUUAAAUAUCGUGGUUCUAUGUAAGAUAUAUAGUUUUAAUUGUGUGAAUAAUAAUACAAUAUUAAAUAUUCUUUAAAAUACUUUUAAACUGUCCAAUUUUGAUCAACGUCGCUCCUCAAGUUUGACUUUGGCUAAUCUUAUUUUUUAUUUAUACUUAAAUAUAGCAAACAGAUUAAUUUAAUAAUGGAGAUAUUGGCUUGUCGGCGACCUGUUCUAGUGAGCAUUUUAAAGAAUCGAAAGUUCAUAAAGAGGUGUCAUACUUACAGUCAUAAUCAACAAAGAAGUAUGAGCCAUAUUAUGCAACGUAGAAUGGACAGAAAUCCAUUAUUUAAAAUAAACAAUCCACAAUUGUCAAGACAUUUUGCAAUAAUGCGAGUUUUAAGUUCAGUUUUAAAACUACGAUAUUUAGUGAUAGGUAGUGCUGUUGGUGGAGGCGUAUCUGUUUCAAAGAAAUACCAAGAAUGGAAGGAUUCAUUGCCCGAUUUAAGUUGGCUGGAAGAUAUUUUUCCCAACAAUAACAUAGCCAAUACUAUUCAAACAUCAUUGAAAUCAAUUUUGGACACUGUGCAGGAUAUUGAUUUCGACUCUUCAAAAUCUAAUGAAAAGUUGGACAAAUUAAAGGUCUGGCUUGAUUCUCAUAUUGAUCAAGCAUUUAAGGCUGCAGAAAUAACUGAAUCAGAUGACCAAUCUAAAAUUGUUGAAGAUAUUUCUCCCAUUAUUACUAAAGCUGCAACACCAAACUCUAAAGAUUACAAACAGAAAUUGGAAAUAUCACAACAAGAAAUUAUAGAAAUACAGUUAAGGUACCAAAAAGAAUUGGAAAAACUAGAAAAAGAAAACAAAGAAUUGCGAAAGAUACUUUUACUUGCAAAAAAUCAUAAAAUGAAUAUGAGAAAAGUUAAAAAAUCAUUAAUAGAUAUGUACUCUGAACUACUUGAUGAAUUGAAUGAUUACGAUUCAAACUACCAAACUCAAGACCAUUUGCCCAGAGUUAUUGUAAUUGGUGAUCAAAGUUCUGGGAAAACGUCGGUUUUAGAAAUGAUAGCACAAGCAAGAAUUUUUCCUAGGGGUGCUGGAGAAAUGAUGACCAGAGCACCAGUUAAAGUGACACUAAGUGAAGGUCCAUAUCAUGUAGCACAGUUCAAAGAUAGUGCUAGAGAAUUUGAUUUAACCAAAGAAUCUGAGUUAGCUGAACUCAGAAAAGAAGUAGAGGCAAGAAUGAAAAACACUGUAAGCCGAGGAAAUUCGGUAAGUAAUGAAGUUAUUUCAAUGACAGUCCGUGGUCCUGGUCUUCAACGAAUGGUGCUUGUCGAUCUACCAGGCAUCAUUAGCAGUGUGACCCAAGGCAUGGCACCUGACACACGAGAAUGUAUUCGUCAGAUGUCUACAGCGUAUAUGUCUAAUCCAAAUGCAAUCAUUCUCUGUAUUCAAGAUGGAUCUGUAGAUGCAGAAAGAAGCAAUGUUACAGAUUUGGUAUCCCAAAUUGAUCCACAUGGUCGGCGUACUAUAUUAGUAUUAACUAAAGUUGAUUUGGCUGAAAAAAAUAUGGCCAAUGCGGAGCGUGUUAACAAAAUACUUAGUGGCAGUCUAUUUCCUAUGAAAGCAUUGGGAUACUUUGCUGUCAUAACUGGGAAAGGCAAUCAAAAUGAUAGUAUUGAUAGUAUAAAGGAAUAUGAAGAGAAUUUUUUUAGGAAUUCCAAACUAUUUAGAGAGUCCAUUGGUAUUUCAUCACAGUUGACUACACGCAACUUGAGCAUGGCUGUUUCUGAUUGCUUUUGGAAAAUGGUUCGCGAAACAGUUGAACAACAAGCAGAUUCUUUUAAAGCAACUAGAUACAAUUUGGAAACCGAAUGGAAAAAUAAUUUUCCUAGGUAUUUGGAACUGGACAGAGACGAGUUGUUUGAAAAAGCUCGGGGAGAAGUGUUAAAUGAAGUGGUGAAUCUUAGUCUUGUAUCCGUCAAAGAUUGGGAAGAGAAACUUAGUGCUGAACUUUGGAAUGGCAUUUCUCACUAUAUAAUUGAAAAUGUCUACUUACCUGCAGGUUAUUCUGUGAAUCAAACAAACAGUACUGCAAGCUUCAAUACAAUGGUUGAUAUUAAAUUAAAGCAGUGGGCUGAAGAGCAGUUACCCAGAAAAUCCAUUAAUAUAGGUUGGGUUGUGCUGAAAGAUAUGUUCAAAACAAUGUUUGAAGAAAACCAAAACCAAAAACUUCAAGCUUCCGAUGAAAUUUUAGAAACUUUAAAAAUGGCUGUUAUUGAUGAAGCAUUAAAAAGGCACUCUUGGGAAGAUAAGGCAUUAGAAAUGUUACGAGUGAUUCAAUUGAACACUUUAGAAGAUAGGUGUAUAAAAGAUAAACAUAACUGGGAUCAAGCAGCUCAAUUUCUUACCAGUACCUUGGAAAAUAAUUUAAAAGUAACUGAUGGCUUACUAAAAGAAAUGGUUGGCCCUUCCAAUUAUGAGAAAUGGUUUUACUGGCAAAGUUCUACGGCCGAACAAACUAAAAGAAAUAAUAUUAAAUAUGAACUGGAAAAUUUAUUGCACUCAAAUCCAAGCCAUAGUAAUUUGUUAAGUAAAGACGAACAAAUAACCAUUAGCAACAAUUUGAAACAGAAAAAUGGAACACCGUGUGAACUUGAUGAUAUAUGGCAAACGUGGUAUUUAGUGUACAGGCGUCAUUAUUUCAAAAUAGCUUUAGAAAAUGCACAAAAUAUUAAAAAACAUUUUUACCACUAUCAAGAAUCAAAUGGCUUACAGAAUGAGUAUUAUGAUAUUGAAAUGUUUUGGAGAAUAACUCGUAUGAUCAAAGUAACGGCCAACGUCUUAAGACAACAGAUUACCAAUAGAGAAUUGAGACGUUUACAUAAAGAGUUAAAAGAAGUUUUGGAUGAGUACAGCCAAAAUAUUGAGAUGAAGUGCAAACUGUUGACUGGUCGCCGUGUAACUCUAGUUGAAGAACUCAAUAAAGUCAAACAGAUUCAAGAGAAACUUGAGGAUUUCAUUCAAGCAUUGAAUAAAGAAAAAUAAUGUUUUAAUUUGAUCGUUAAACUAGACUUAGGCUUCUUAUGAUGGUUUUUUUUUUAACUAUUUACUGUUGGCUUAAUAUAAUUUAGUUUUUUCAAUUUGUAUAUUUUUUGUUUUACAAGUGGUUAGUUCCAUUUAAAAUGCCUAUAAAUUAUGUUAUUAUAUUAUAAUUUGUACAAAACUGAUAAUGUUUUCUUUAAUUUUUACAUAAUUAUAUUUGUAUAUUAUGUUUAUUUAAUAGUUGACUGAUGGAUUGGAUAAUAUUAAAAAAUCAUUCAUUUCUUA